AAGGGUGACUCAUUAAAUUUAAGUAAUUGUUUCACAUUUAUAGGCGGAUUUACGUUUUAAAAAUUACAAAAAUGUAUCAUAGUUUCAUUCAUUAAGACUUUUCAGUAAUUAAUAAAGAUUGACGAUGUUUUCACCUACUUUUCAUUUACUGUAGCGUUUAGCAGCAUCUUGUUUAGGUUUUUUUUUGUGAAAUUUUAUAGUUACUAGUCAAAGAUUCAGGGGAAAGCACUUCAAUUUACAGAUGGCAGCUGUUUAUAUAGCAAACCUUGCACUCAAACACUGCUGAUAAUAUUGAUUUAUAAUUUAUGUUUAGGCAUUGCUUUUGGUUUAUUAUUCAGCUAUCUAUUAUAUAUUAAACAAAUAUAUCACAAUAUAAUUGUAUUAAAGCCAUUAUUAACUAGUCACCUUUGUCUUACAUUACUGGUCUCGGAUGAUUUUACAUACCUAAAAAGAUAGAUUACCAAAUUAUUUAUACCUAUUUGACCAUGAAAUAAUCAGAAAUAGGCCCUAUAUAUUAUAUAGGCCUAUAGAUCUAAAUAACUAAAUAUUAGUAAAUGAGCCGACCUGCGGCAUAUCAUACGCCGCUAUUUAGUUGUUUUAUUUUCUACUUUUCAGUAAUUCAUAAUUUGUGAAUUCGACAGUACCAAUGCUGCCACUGAAAAUAUUUGCUUUAAAACACUAUCAGUACUAGAAAUUAGUAGGGCUAUUCCCAGUUGCAAUUUUUUUCAAUACAUUUAAAAUUAAAAAAGCCAUGGUUUGGUUUAAUCAUCAAAUCUACUAGCCCACUAUGUUUCUAGUGUAGGUUGAUUAUGAGAACAAAUACACAAGCCAGUGUACUCAUAGCCGUCAUGUUGGAGACAAUGGAAUCAAUUAGUACCCCUUUCAAUACCUUCUGUGCAGGGUGCCCAAUCAACUGACCCAAUGGUACACUACUGCUUGGUUGCCAGAGGAUGCCACUAGCUUGAUUUAACCAUCCAUUUUAGUGGCCCAUGGAACAAUUUAAAAGGAAUUUAGAUGCCAUACCACUUCAGCAGGAGCACGGGAGCACCUGGUCACCCUAUAGUUGGGAUGCUAGAAGAUGCUCCUAAUGGAGUUUGACCAUUGAAGUAGAGGCCUUAAAUACAGAAGACCCAGCUGCUCAAUAAUGUCUUUUUUGUUCAAUGUGUUUAAAAAUGAUACAUUACUUUACAAUUAAUAUAAAUCUCUUUCAUGACUUUUAUAACUAAUCUAAGGAAUAAAGUGUCUUUUUUUACCUUACUUUUAAUUCUUUUUUUUAAUGUUAUCAGUUUACCGGUAUUAACUAUUAUGUACUUUAAAAGAAUGUAUUCUACGGUUGCCAAGAGAACAAUUAUAAACAAUUUAACCCCAGGUCUGAAUAGAAAAUUCUGGGCCGGAUGUUACAGGAAAUUUUCUUCCAAGGUGCCAGAUAAGCCAGUUUGGCAAAGAGCAGAUUUUGAGUGUUUACCAAAGGUUUUGGAUGUUGACUUACAACACGUUGAACAACUUGAAAGGAUUUCAUUGGUUGAGUUCAGCAAUGAAGAGGGCUACAUCUGCCUGCAGAAUGCCAUCAAGUCGGCUAACACAUUAUACCUAAAAAAUACAGAUGGAGUUGAACCCCUGGAGAAUGUUUUAGAAAAUAAAGAACUUUGGUUGCGUGAUGACAUUGUGACAGAGAAUAAUCCUCCUAGCAUUAUUUUAAAGAAUGCUUCAAAAACUGAAGAACAAUAUUUUGUUGCUCCACCAGGUAACAUUCCAAUGAAGAGUCGAGGAAAACAACGUCUGAUACACGUUUUGCCCCAGAAUGAUGCAUCUUGAAAUUGUUGAUAUAUUUUUAAAAAUAUUUUACCAUUUUAUUUUAUAUAAGUAUUAUAAGUGAAUGGUGACGUUGAUAUUAAAAUCAAGUAUGUUACUGAAAACAUUGAAA